CCCUAGACUGUAGUGCCGUAUUUACGUGUAAUCUUCAGACGUCAGAGCUCAGCAAUGUACGUGAAGGCAACAAAAGUUUAGUGUGCAGAGUUGAGAUAUCUGUGGCCAUGGACGAAAAACAGAGCAGUACUGACACCAAUUUUGCUCCAGACCCAGGGGGGGUAGGAGCAACACAAGAUGCCCCACGUGACUCCAGGCCAGAGGUAAUAAUAAUCAGCAGACAGCUGAGUGAACAGGGACGUUUUGCUUAUGCUGCCCUGUGCGGUGUCUCUCUGGGCCAGUUGUUUACUGGACCUGAAAACAGUGCGUUCAGGGAGAAGUAUCUGCAGGGCUUGGUCUUCUGGCUGGACCUGGAUGAGUCAGUGAUGCCGGUUAUGGGGGCUUUCCUGUCAGGCCUGGGCUUUGAAGGCUCCGACACCUUCCUCUCCACCUUACAGGCAGAACCACUGCUGGCUUCUGGGGCCACCCCCAUCGUACAGGAUCUGGUGUCUUUUUCUGUCAAAGACGGCCAGUAUGAUGCCAGAUCGAGGGUUCUCAUCCGUCAUGUCAGCUGUCUGCUGCGAGUCUUUUCACAGCAGCUGGAGGAGUUUGAGGAAACACUGGGAGAGAAGCUGAGGGAAGGGGGAGAGGAGAGCGCAGAGGAGUCCUCUCGGCGGCUGAGGAGAGAAAGAGGGAGGAAGUUACGACGCUACCUCCUCAUUGGACUAGCCACAGUGGGCGGAGGAACUCUGAUUGGUGUGACAGGUGGGCUGGCAGCCCCCUUGGUGGCGGCGGGGGCCAGCGCUGUGCUGGGGGCAGGAGGGGCUGCUGCUCUGGGCUCAGCCACUGGCAUUGCAAUCAUGGCCUCCAUGUUUGGAGCAGCAGGAGCUGGAUUGACUGGCUAUAAGAUGAAUAAGUGUGUCGGGGCAAUAGAGGAAUUUGAGUUCCUGCCACUGAGCUCUGGGAAGCAUCUUCACCUGACCAUCGCAGUGACAGGUUGGCUUUGCAGCGGUAAAUACAGUUCGUUCCAGGCCCCGUGGUGCAACCUGGGCGAGUGCGGAGAACAGUACUGCCUGGUGUGGGAGUCACGUUUCCUCAGGGAUCUGGGCUCAGCCAUGGCCUCCCUGUUGGAUGGGCUGGUCAGCAUGGUGGCCCAGGAGGCGCUCAAGUACACAGUGCUCUCAGGCAUCGUGGCGGCUCUGACGUGGCCUGCAUCGCUGCUGGCAGCUGCCAGCGUCAUCGACCACCCCUGGUGUGUUUGUCUGAACCGCUCAGCUGAGGUGGGGAAACACCUGGCACAGGUUUUGAGAAGCAGACAGCAGGGGAAGCGGCCGGUCAGCCUCAUAGGUUUCAGUCUAGGGGCCAGAGUUAUCUACUACUGUCUACAGGAGCUUGCCAAUGACCAAGGUAGUGAAGGAGUAGUGGAGGAUGUAGUCCUCUUGGGGGCUCCUGUGGACGGCUCUGAAAAGGCCUGGGAGAGAAUAACCAGGGUCGUGGCUGGAAAAAUAGUGAACGGCUACUGCAGAGGGGACUGGCUCCUGGGGUUCUUGUACCGAAGUUCAGCUGCACAGCUGUCUGUUGCGGGGCUACAGCCAAUCAACAUCCAGGAUCGGCGCAUAAUCAAUGUGGAUCUUUCCUCCGUGGUGAAAGGUCACUUGGACUACAUGCGUCAGAUGGACACCAUCUUGGUGGCAGUAGGAGUUCCCACCAGAGAAGUCGCCGGAGCCUCCUUUGUUCUUCGUCAGCCUGUAAUAAUUACACAGGGGGUGGUGGUUGUCCCUGACCAAACCCCCACUGAGCAACAAGAGACUGAGACACCAAAACAGGCUGAGGAGGCUGAGACUUGUGCGGGAGAAAGCGGAGACGUGUCAGAGGAGAUUGCCGGCGGUUGGGAUAUCCCUGAUAUUUCAGACCUGCUGGACUCAUUAAAUGACACAGAAUCAGACAGGAACAAUUUACCACUUACUUCAGAGGAGAAUGCGACUAAUGGCGACUCAGCGUGUGCUCUUAAUAUCCCGUGUGAGGGCGUAGAGGACCCCAAUAAUGAACACGUAUCAUGGAGCUGGGAUGAUACACACUGGACUACAGAGCACACACACACACAAAGGCAGCCAAACUUGUAAAGAGCAUGUUACUGGACCGGCUGCUUCCCUGUAAAAAUCUCGUCUUCUCAAGUUAUUUUUUUUUUCAGCAUCAAAGCUUUGUUUGAGAAAAUAUUCAUCCCAUUGUCAACACACUGACAUGGCAGAGACGGCUAAAGAGUCAAUGCACACAUAUGGCAUCCUCAAGAUAAAAUCCCCCUGAAUGAACUGCUUUGUUUAACCACAAAAUGUUGUUUUUAGAUUAUUAAUAUAAUAACAAUUUUAAAAUUGUGAAAAUUAAGUACAUUUUUUUACAAGCUGUAAAUCGUGUUAUCAUUUAUUAAGAUUUAUAAAAUGAAACACCUGUAAAUCA